AUGUCUACCUUCGACCCCUCCAACGUUGACCUCAACACCGCCAGCAAAGAGGAUGUCAUCUGUUACCUCUCGUUGUCGGAAAAUGAGUACAACGGCCACCUAGGCGCGCGCAUAUCCUCCAUCUUUGUCAUCUUUAUCACGUCUACCGUAUUUACCCUCUUCCCGGUGGUUGCUCAGCGACUCCCCCAGUGGCGUAUUCCCCAUCAUGUGUACCUGUUUGGGCGAUACUUCGGGACAGGCGUCAUCGUGGCGACUGCAUUCAUCCACCUGCUGGACCCCGCCUACCAAAGCAUAGGACCAGGAACAUGUAUCGGCAUGUCCGGCGCCUGGGGCGAGUACUCCUGGUGCGCGGCGAUUGUCCUCUCAUCCGUCACACUGAUCUUUCUCAUGGAUGUCGGGGCAGAGGUGUACGUCGAGUGGAAGUACAAUGUCCAGCGAGAAGCGAACGCCACUGCAGCGUUCAUCACCCAGCCAGCAUGCUCCAGUCCGCACGGAUCAUCCGACGAGCUUACGGCGACGGAACCAUCAUCCCCAACAGGAAGCAAGGAUCUCUACCCCCACGCAGACGAAAUCUCGGUAACCUCCGAACGGGCCUUCCGCCAGGGCAUCGCCGCCUUCCUGAUCCUCGAAUUCGGCAUCAUCUUCCAUUCCGUCAUCAUCGGUCUCAACCUGGGCGUCGCAGGCGACGAAUUCGCAACGCUCUACCCCGUCCUAGUCUUCCACCAGUCCUUCGAGGGAUUGGGGAUCGGGGCUCGCAUGUCAGCGCUCCAUUUCGGCAGACGCCGCUGGCUGCCUUGGGUUCUCUGCCUGGCAUACGGUCUCACCACGCCAAUUGCCAUUGCUAUCGGGCUGGGUGUACGCACUUCGUAUAACCCAGGCUCCAGGACGGCCCUGCUCGUGCAGGGGGUGCUAGACGCUAUAUCGGCAGGGAUCUUGAUAUACAGUGGGUUGGUGGAGUUGCUCGCUCGAGACUUUUUGUUUGAUCCGUGUCGGACGAAGAGACGGGGUCAGAUUUUGUAUAUGCUGGGAUGUACGCUCCUGGGAGCUGGGAUUAUGGCGUUGAUAGGCAAGUGGGCCUAA